AUAAUCAAUAGAUUCCAACCACCCAAUUCUGACUGACUCAUUCGUUCGUCAUCUAUAGUUCGAUCUUCUCCUUCCUCUCUAGGUUUUGCAGAAGAACUUGGGGGAAUUAUUAAUUUCGUGGAUCUGGGUUUUGAGGAAAUCGAUUUAAGAAUCUAGGGUUCUGGUUUGUUUGUUUGUUUGUUUGUUUGUUCGUUAGAUCGAUUGGGUGCAAAUGCAAUUUGCGUGAGGUGAGGAGAGUCGAUCGAACCCAAAAAAUAAAAAAUAAAAAUAACUGGUCCUACGGCAAUCCGAGCAAAACGCUCGACUACCGCUUAUCUCUAACAUCCUUAUCCUAUCCGCCUCCAUCUCUCGCCAUAUUUAGAUCUUCUUCCUCACGAUUUUCCCUUUUGGAUUUAUUAUCCCUACCCUUUCUCUUUGUCUCUUUUGGAUUUAUCCUAACCCCACAAUCGUAUUUCUUUCUGCAUUUCUCUAACCCUAUCUUUUACUCUUCUCCUUUUUUUUUUUUUUUUUUUUUUUGUGGGGGAACAGGCCCUCGAGUAAUCGAGGCUGAAUCUUUAUCUGGUUGGUAUCUUUGCCCUAAAUAGGCUGUGGUUUGUAAAUAUGGCGUUAAUUGCUGCCUUUCUGGAAAUCCUGCAAAAACCCACAAUCGGAGAUGUGGUGAUUGAGCUGAUUGUGUUCAUGUUGCCCAUCUGGAUUUCAAUUUUUUUGGGCGUUUUGGUUGGGUGGGUAUGGAAGCCUAAAUGGGCUAACAAUUUCAAUGUCGAUGGCUGUAAUUUGGAUUCCUCUGCCAAGUCUGGAGACCCCAUCAAAUCCAUUUUAAGCUUCACCUCCUUCAAGCUGCCCUUCUCCUGGAUUGACAAGAACCAUUCGUCACUCCCCUCAGCUCCCACUCCUCAUUACAGUUCGACGGAGACGAUAUUGUCGGGCCUGGUGAAUGACGAUGACCUGAGACAUCUGCACAGAUUAGCCGAGGAGAAAGACGGCGGCCCGGCGUGGAUACAAAUGAUGGACAGGUCUACUUCCGGUAUGAGCUACCAGGCCUGGAGAAGAGAUCCUGUGUCGGGACCGCCGCAGUAUCGUAGUCGAACUAUUUAUGAAGAUGCCACGCCUGAAAUGCUGAGGGACUUCUUUUGGGAUGAUGAGUUUCGACUGAAGUGGGACGACAUGCUCUCGCACUUCGAGGUUCUCGAGGAAUGCCGCGCCACCGGGACAAUGGUGGUUCAGUGGGUGCGCAAGUUCCCCUUCUUUUGCAGCGACAGAGAGUACAUUAUCGGUCGCCGGAUAUGGGAGUGCAACCGAACUUAUUAUUGCGUAACCAAGGGCGUUCCGUGCUCGUCUGUUCCGCGUCGCGACAAGCCGAGGCGAGUCGAUUUGUACUACUCCAGCUGGUGCAUUCGUGCAGCUGAAUCGAAGAGGGACGGGCGGAUGACUGCGUGCGAGGUGCUGCUCUUCCACCACGAAGACAUGGGGAUUCCGCGGGAGAUCGCGAAGCUCGGAAUCCGGCAAGGAAUGUGGGGUGCGGUGAAAAAGAUCGACCCCGGAUUGCGGGCCUAUCAGAAGCACAGGGCAUCGUCAUCGUCAUCGUCGUCGCUAUCGCGCAGCGCUGCCAUGGCUCAAAUCAACAAUAAAGUCAGCGUCGACUAUUUGGAAUCAUCGUCAUCGUCAAUGUUGUCGGAGGCCCCGAUUGUCGCCGGCGUCGAAAGUCCAAAACGGUCGGGAAAAGGCGUGCCGAAGAUGCUGAUUCUCGGCGGGGCUAUCGCUCUCGCCUGCACGCUCGAUCGGGGACUCUUGACGAAGGCCGUUGUGUUCGGGGUUGCCCGGCGAUUUGCGAACAAUGGUAGAAGGUUAUGACAUGAGACAGGGUUGGGUCAAUCGAGAGUUUUCGGAUUGUACGAGUUUGUAAUUGAAUUGUAUUCGUCUUUAUCCUCCAUUGGAAGAUGAUGACGAUGCUUUAUUUGCUUCUUUGUUAUGGAGAUUUGCAGUGCUAAACUCUCACUGUGCUUCGGUAGGGUUGUAAUGUCUGUCUCCAUGUUGAGCAAAGAUUCCUUCAAUGAUUCUUAUAUUGCCACGUCA